AAUCUGCCCAGUCAAGAUUACAAGAAUAAUCUUUCUGCUGACGACUCCAAGGAUCAUCUCUACAGGAAACAAUGGGGUCCGGAGCCGAAGGAAAUCACCAAAGGAAAUCAAAACGUAUCUGUUGACUACAGCUACAAGAAAGAGCAUCAUAAAAUUGACUGGGAGUCAGGACUCUCUACACAGAACAUGUCCAGUGUAAAAACGGAGAAGACACAGAACCGAUUCAGUGAAGUACAGCAGAGACAGAUGCAGGAUUUGCAAACUCAGUUAACUGAGGCAAAACUGGCCCUUGAAAAUUUGAACACAUACCGAUCCCAAGGUAAAAAUGUUAAAGACAACACAGUGCAGGCUUCCUUACAGCAGCUCCAGGCAGCGUUAGAUUUACCCAUAAAGCACUGGAUUCCAAACUGGAUGCAUUUAAGAGACCUGACAUAUCACUUAAGUGAUCAAUUACAAGUCAUGGAGUCAUUGGUUUUGAAUCCAGAAAAGCUGCCCGAUGAAGAGAUUCUGUCGUCCGCAUCAGGAGGCCUCGCCUUGCAGGGUUUGUACAAGACCUGUGGCCCAGGAGGCAUGCUGGAGACACGAGACCGUCUUCUAAAAACACCAGACCGCUUCUGUCUUUCUGACCCAGUGCACAAACCCAGGUUUGACCAGCACGAAGCUUUUUCCAGUGAGCAGGAGACAAGGUUCAGAAAAGCCCUGGAAAAUGCAGCUUAUAGCAUGAAGAGCACCAGUCUAGAUCCCAGAGUGGAUGCAGAGUAUCAGUCCGUUAAAUUUUCACAAGAGGAGCUAAACAACCAAUCAUCCAGGACCUACACAUCUAUAACAAAGUACAAUUGUAUUCCAUUAGCAUCUUGUCAGUUUGAAAUUGACCAGCUCCGUCUCUCAGACUCUGCACUCGCAGCACUGCAGGAGAUAGAACAGAAUUUGGAUCAUGCUGGAGCCUCAGACAGGCGAAAGAGGAUUGAGACGUUUUUUGAAAGGUUUGGUUCUCAUGCGAAUCGGGGUCCUCUUCACUUUGGGGGAAUAUUCUUCUGGAAAGCUCAUUGUGAGGGACACAGUGCAAAUGACCUUUUGGAUGACAAGCAGCUCAUGGAUGAAAUAUUGAAUAAGUACAUUGGUGAGGGCUUUUGUGGGUUGCAGUUCAACAGUUUAUCUCAGGUUGCUAUUAAACACAUAGAAUUCUCUGUGUCACAGACUGGAGGGCCUUCUGGAAGCAACAGCUAUCUUCCCUGGAAAGCUAGCAUUGUUUCCCACAGCAAAACCUGGAGUGUGAUAGACAGGAGCCUCAGUCUCCUGCCGGUGUGGGACAUCAUCAUGUCCAAUCACAGCGGUUGUUUUAAAGAUGCGAGCAGAAUCUGCACUGCUCUCUCAGAGGUGUACAAUCACAGAGCAACUGAUGUUGUGGAGAGUGGGCCUGAUGACCUCACCAGGUACCCAAAGCAUGAGGAAGGAAAGUCUAUGUCAACUGAGACAUGGGAGAACAGAAACAAACCACACUGUGCUACCAGAGAUCAAAGUGUUAAAAAACCUCUGAAGACUACGAUAGAAAGACCUAGAAACAAGUUAGUUUCAAAGACACCACAAACACAGAAAGACAAAUGCAGCGAGCUGGUCUGUAGGCUGGGACUAACACGGUUUUAUCCCAGUAAAAUGUCAACAUCUGAUGUUCUUGCAAUCAGCAGAUCUCCAUUACUGAAGGACAAGCCUCUGGAAGAGCAGGACCUGUCUUCUGCUUUUCUACAGAAGCUGUUGAUGCUGGAUUACAGAGCCAGACAUGUGACAGUCAAACAGGAGAGCAGUGAGGGGAGAAGCUUUCAAUCUGGGAAGGCAGGAAAGGAAAGUGAUUUCAGCAGCUUUUUAAAUACAGGAAAAAGACCCAGCACUGAUAAUGUGACAGGACAGCUUGUCCAUAUUCACCCGAUGGAUGUCCAGAUGGCUCUUCUGUACUGUGCAGACAGUUUCCUGAGGCAGUACAUGGUGACCAAGCUGUGCUUCUGUCAGUACGCCCUGCCACUGCUAGUGCCCAGUCCUGUCACUGGAGAGAUCGAGUUCCCACUGUGGACAUUCCAACAGCUUCAGAAGAGCUGGAAGACAGUGGACAGCUCAGGCAAUGUCACCAGCAGGACCCUGCCUGUCUAUCAGGUGGAGGUCCCAAUGGUGUCCUUCUUCAGGCUUGGCUCUGUAUCCUCUUCCAAAUCCCAGAUCCUGAACUCUCUCAUCAGCACACAGAGACACAACACGUUCUUCCACAGACACUGCCCAGGUAGCAGCAGGAGCCGUCUCUUGCUGGACGGGCUUGUGGAAAUCGCCUGGUACUGUCCUGCAGGGAGGAGUGAUGAUGUUUUUCAGGACUGUGUUGCCUUCUGUAACCUGCGUGGAGAUGCAGGAGAACACAGGAGGCAGAGGGAGUUUCUAGUUGGUGCUGCAGCUGUCAAUGUCGUCCUCCUGGCUGAUCGUCACCUCGAUGAUGAAGGCAGGAACAUCUUAGAGGAGCUCUUCAUCUCCCCCAGGCCUCUGAUCUGUCUGCUUGCUGAAGAAGACACACCUCUAACUGGAGUGUCUGGGAACAAGUUUAAAAUAGGACUCAAGGACAGAAAUCAGGCUGAAAUUGUUGGAGAACUGACAGGGACUAUUAGGAAUUGUUUUAAGAGAUCACAUCCCACCUUCAGUCUUGAGAGUGUUGCUAGAGGCUGUGGGUUCAGGGUUGAUGAAGACAGUGAGGACUGUAAGAGAGGGAAGGACAGUGCCCUGGAGGUAAUACAGCUGCUGAAGAAAGUGGACAUUUCCAAAAUCAAGGAGACCUUCCUGCCCUGUCAGGGAAAACUGUGGCAUGACUGGUGCCAGAAGAACAAAGAUCUUCAUCGCUUACAUGGCAACAUUGAACAGACCAGGAGUGAAAUACUGCAGGAAAUAAAAAAAAUAAGAAAAAAGCAAAGAGACUUUGGACUCAGCGAACUGAUGAAAAUGUAUCUAAAAAAACUGAAGUCACACAAAAUGAUACCACAAAUGUACUUCCUGAAGUGGCUGGGAGUCUUUAUAGAUGCUCACUGUUCAGAUCAGCUUUCAGAGCUACAUCACCAAUAUGACGCCAAAUGGACAGAGGUGUUGACUUUAAAAAAGAAACAUGACAAAUCAGAAGUGUUGAACAGGAGACAGAGAGAACUGGAGUCACUGUCAAAGCGGCUGAAUGAAGCGACUUUUGGGCUGGAGCACCUUCUGAGAGAGAUGGGUCAGAUUUAUGAAGCCUGGGAAUCCCAGCCUGGAGAAACAGGGAAGGACGUUUCCUCUUUCCCUGCCCUGGCUGCAGAUCUCCUGAUCGCUGGGAAUCCAGUGGAACUGAUGGAUGGAGACGCUGCUCAUGUCCCUCUGAGGUGGAUAGACUCAGUCCUGGGCACAGUGGUCGAGAGGCUGGGAGACCAGAGAGUCUUUGUGCUGUCAGUGCUGGGCCUUCAGAGCUCGGGGAAGUCCACCAUGCUGAACGCCAUGUUCGGCCUGCAGUUUGCGGUCAGUGCUGGCAGGUGCACCCGGGGGGCUUUCAUGCAGCUGGUCAAGGUGAAGGAGGAGCUGAGAGAGGAGCUCAAGUUCAAUUAUGUUCUGGUUGUGGACACUGAGGGGCUAAGAGCCCUAGAGCUUGCUGGGAAAUCCACCAUCCAUCAUGACAAUGAACUGGCCACAUUCGUCAUCGGUCUUGGAAACAUGACCCUGAUUAACAUAUUUGGAGAGAACCCUGCAGAGAUGCAGGACAUCCUGCAGAUCUCAGUCCAGGCGUUUCUCCGAAUGAAGCAGGUGAGGCUGAGUCCCAGCUGCAUGUUUGUUCACCAGAACGUUGGGGAGAUCACAGCUGGAGAGAAGAACAUGGAGGGGAAGAGACGACUGCAGGAGAAACUAGACGAAAUGGCUCGUUUAGCGGCGAAGGAAGAGGUGUGUGACGUGGAGUGCUUCAAUGAUGUCAUCAGGUUUGAUGUGAAGAGAGAUGUUCACUACUUCGCACAGCUCUGGGAAGGAAAUCCUCCGAUGGCUCCUCCUAACCCCCGGUACAGCGAAAAUAUUCAGGAACUCAAGCAGGCGAUUCUCUCCACUGCAUCACAGCAGAAAGGCUUGAACCUGUCAGAGUUCAGAAUCAGGAUUCAGGAUCUUUGGAAAGCACUGCUGAAUGAAAACUUUGUUUUCAGCUUCAAGAACACCCUGGAGAUCUCAGCAUACAGGAAACUGGAGGUCAUGUAUGGAAACUGGACCUGGAAACUCAGAAGCCACACGCUGGCCAUCGAGAACAAGCUGCACAACAGGAUCGAGAAUGGACAAACACAGUCAGUGAACAAACACAACCUGCUUCAGGACAUGAAAGAGGCUUAUGAAAGUAUCCAGAAAGAGGUGGAUCAGUAUUUCAAUGAUGAUAAAGACAAGGAGAUCUUGGUUCAGUGGAAAGCAAAAACUGAGCUGAGAAUCCAGGAGCUGAAGGAUGAGCUGAUUGAGGGAACGAGAAGGAAAUUUGAUGAGCUGAUCCAGCUGAAGAAAGGCUGUAGAAAUCUGGAUGAUCAGAAGACUCAGUAUGAAAACGAGCUGUUCAACAGGAGCAAAGAGGUGGCUCACACACUGAAGCACAAGGCUAGCAAUGAACACGAUCUGAAGAGAGAGUUUGAUUUAGUCUGGAAGAAAUGGGCAUCAGAUAUAACAUCUGCCAUGCCAGACAUUAAAGACAUCAACAUACAGGAGGAUGUGAUGAAGAUCCUGACACAGAUGUUUGAAAGUCAGCUUGUGUAUUCUAACAAGUAUCAUGGUCUUUAUAAAAACAUCUGCUACCUGUCAGAUUAUGCUGACUAUCUUAUAAUAAACAAACACAAAUAUGCACCUGGAUUCAUGAGUUAUCAACUAAAGUCUACAGAUCAUGAUGAAAUUAAACGUUUAGUGCAGGACCUAGACAGAACGGUUGAGGAAUACAUUAAAAAGAAGCAUAUGGCUAAGAUGGGUUACAGUGAAAGUUACAUACAGGAGAUUUUAAAUUAUGUUUUGGAACGUAUCAAAGCUUUUGAAUCAAACACCAAAAAAUAUGUGUUUAAAAAAGAAUUUAAAGUUGAUGUUUCACUGUUUGUGUGUGGCAUUGCAGUACCGAAGUUCACUGAGCUUCACAGAGCAUUCAGGGAGGCUAAUGACCCUCUGACUCACCUGAACAGUAAGAAAGGAGACUAUUACAGCAUCUUCAGGAAGUUCUGUCAAGGUGCAACAUCCACCACUGUGUUUGCAGACUUUCUGUGCAGCAAACUGAAGCCGUCACUCCUGCAGGCCGUCUAUGACAGAACAGCCAUUGACGUGGCUGGAGACAUGAGGGCCAAUUUCCCAGCAUUCAGUGGGAACAGGUCUAACCUGGAGAAGCACAUCCUGAGGGCGCUGGCGGAAGAGGAGAACUUUGACAAGUUCAUGACUUACAUCCAUCACCCAAGGAAGCAUUUUGAAGAAUUUAUCACCCAGUCUGUAAGGCCGUCUUAUCUCAUGGAUUCUGAACCCAGAAUCCUUGGGAUCUUCAAGGACAACCUGGAUCUACUGCAGCACCAUGUAACUGCUGCAGCUUCAAGCGCGGUGGAAAGGGUUCAACACCAGAAGGAAGGUGUGCACGUGUGGCUGGAGAUGUUCUCCAGGGAGCUCAGAGAUGAGCUCAGGUUCACAGAGCAUGACCUGGCAGGUGCUCAACACCAGGGCAUCGGUGACUUUGACUUCCUUAAGGAAGCAGUGACUGGUUCUCUCCAGAAGGUCACUGAGGGUUUGAGGAGAGUCUUGAGCUGUGUCUCCUCUGUGGACAUGGGCAUGUUCAGAGAGACCCCCGAUGAGAUCCUGUUCAGGCUGCUGUGUGGGUGCUGGGCUCAGUGCCCCUUCUGUAAAGCCAUCUGUACCAACACCAUGGAAGGACACCCUGGGGACCACAGUGUCCCCUUCCAUCGGCCUGAAGGGGUUACUGGGAGGAAGUGGAACAAGGCAGACCAGCUGUCUGUUGACAUCUGCACCUCUGCAGUUGCUAGUACUGAUUUAAUCAUGUUGUCUAACGACAGGAGUGUGCCUUACAAGAUGUACAGAGAAGCUGGUCCAGAGCACGCCCACUGGAGCAUCACCCCGGACUGCUCUGAGCAGCCCUACUGGAAAUGGGUUGUGUGCCGAUUUCAGGAGCACCUGGAAAAGAGGUAUUCUGGAAUAUUCUGCGAUCGUGGGGCGAUUCCCGAAGGAUGGAAGAACAUCACCAAAGAGGACACUGUAAACAGCCUGAAAGAGUAAGGCCACCAGACGAAAUUGAAAACAAGAAUAAUUAGGUUUUCUCUAUUUUGGAAAACAUGAUUAUUGUUCAAAAAUUAAUCAUGUCAAAAUUAUGCAAUAAUUGCUUUUCAGAAUUGCAUAAAAUCUGCACUGUGAUUCUCUGAUCUGGUGGACUGUUUUAGUAACAGGGAGAACUUGUGCUGUUAUCAUAGUACCUAUUGAAUUACUCUACACUCUUAAACCCUGCUGCGCUGUACAAUUGACAGUCACUGGAGAGAAAAGUCUUUUUCUUUCGUGUACCCUAAAUAAAUGAAGAGAAUUCUAAACCUAAACGAAUUCUGACUGAUCUUU